AUGCUCCAUCUGAGAGAAGACAGAUGCCUGAGGAGUGUUGACUCCAGGGCUGUCUCCUUUCCAUUAGCUCCAGGUUCCUGGAGGCUCAGGCUGGAUCCUCCGGGAAUAUAUUUUGGCUGGAAGGACACAGUGAGCAAUUCUGGCACAUUGGAUUUACUAUACGAGAAAACGAUAAGGAACAAUAUGAAUCGGGCAGGACCUAGAGAGAAGGUUAGCUCAGGUAAGGCGGGCAACCCGACAGGACAUAUUAGAGCUGAAAAGCGGCAACUUUAUGACAGAUUGAUUGGCAAUUACUUUGAAGGCGCCCCCUCCCUCAACACUAAACUCGAGUCCAUCACCCCCAAAGCCCCCCGAGAUAAAACUCUUCGGGACUUUGUUGUACCUCGAUGGCGGGACAAACUUUGGCAGCCGGGACAUGGAGCUUCCUUAAUUGGUAAUUGGCGGACGAUUAGUUCCCGAUAG